GCGGAAGUGACGGCAAGGCGGCUAUGGCGGCUCGCAGUUUCAUUCCGGAUUUCCACUGGACUACAAACUGAUUUUAACCGGACCGGUUAGACUUUGGGGAACUUUUGUUAAACUGUCUCUCUUCGGACGCCGCACAGACCGAAGUCGCGUUGACCCGGCGCCUGUCAACGAACGGCCCCGCAGCUUUUUGGGGGUAUUUUUGUCCAAGGUUCAAGGUGGUCACCCUGUCGAGCUAGCGGUAGCUCGGUGGCUAACAGCUAACGGUAGUCAGUACACAGAGCUGCGUGCUAAGGUCCAGACAGCAGCAGUCGGUUUUUUUCCUUUUGACCACGUCCACGUUUGUUUGUCACGGUUACAAUGCGAAUGCACCCAAUUUAUUGCUAAUUGGGCCGCAAGUGUGCAGAGCGAGGUACUCACACGUUUGCUUGGCCUCUCGAUAAUUUGAAUAGCUAGUUUGGCGGCUGUGGCUAAAAAAGACGGGGGUUGACUCUGAAGCGAGCCGAGUCUCUUCGCUAAUUACCCCCCGGCGACUUGGGCUAAAAAAGCGUGCUACCGGCUGAGAAAUUGAAGUUGAAUUGCUGUGGGGUCUUUGCGUGGUCGUCAACAUGCUGAAGACCCGGCAGUGUUUACUUGGCAUCCGCACUUUUCUCGGCGUAACGUCCAGAAUAUGGGGCUUCAUCAUGUACAUCCUCAGGAAGCACCUACGAACGAUAAUCCAGUAUCAGACGGUGCGAUACGACACUUUGCCUCUGUCACCCAUCUCCAGAAACAGACUCAACGCAGUAAAGCGGAAGAUUCUGGUUCUGGACCUGGACGAGACACUAAUCCACUCUCACCAUGACGGGGUCCUGAGGCCCACAGUGAGACCGGGCACGCCGCCAGACUUCAUCCUUAAAGUCGUCAUCGAUAAACAUCCAGUCAGAUUCUUCGUACAUAAAAGGCCGCAUGUCGACUUCUUUUUAGAAGUGGUGAGCCAGUGGUAUGAGCUGGUGGUUUUUACAGCCAGUAUGGAGAUCUACGGCUCAGCAGUGGCAGACAAACUGGACAACAACAGGAACAUCUUGAAACGCAGAUACUACAGACAGCACUGUACAUUGGAUCUAGGUAGUUAUAUUAAAGACCUGUCUGUAGUACACGAUGACCUGUCCAGUAUUGUUAUCCUGGACAACUCGCCUGGAGCUUAUCGUAGCCAUCCAGACAAUGCAAUACCCAUCAAGUCCUGGUUCAGCGACCCUAGUGACACAGCACUUCUUAACUUGCUGCCUAUGCUGGAUGCACUAAGGUUCACCGCUGACGUCCGCUCCGUCCUCAGUCGAAACCUCCACCAGCACCGGCUCUGGUGAUUGGCUGAACGGGGAGGGACGGGGCUCGUGGAGCAGCCUCUUCCUCUCUGCCCAGCUUCCAUCCUGCCCUCCAUUCCCACGCAGACGAAACGCCAGCCCUCUCUGAGCCUCUCAGACCCGUCCUGAGGAGACGAGGGUUGGGGUGAGCGCCUAAUACGGGAUGAACAGUACGGGAUCACCAGAGCCCAGAAACUACUGGGGCGGCAGGGGGAGCCAGCUUUUUCUUUUUUUUUUCUUUUUUUUUUUUUUUUUCUUUUUUCCUUCUUCUUGAUUCUUUAUUUGUAAUUUUUUUUUUUUUUUUUUUCCAAAACAAAACGGAGCCUCUCUGCCUUAUCGCUCCUGAUACUGACUGUGUGCGUAUGGAGGUGAGCUUGUGUACGUAUGUCGGAGUAUGCUUGCUGAGUUCGUUAGUCCUUUUUAAACUUUUUGAAGAUUGGGAACGGGGGGGGAAAGAGGAGGAUCAGCAAAGCAACAAAGACAAUUCUACAUUAUUAUUUCUUCUUCUUCUUCUUCUUCUCCUCUAUCAUCACCGGACAUUGCACUUGAGCAGACAUCAGUUUACUGUCUCGACCCCCUCGGAGCAACUGAGUUAAGGAAAAUAGAAAAACCGCCCCUUUUUAGAUCCGCUCAUAUUCCAGAAGUGAUUUGUUGAUUCCUGAGGUACUUUUUUUCUUCUUCUUCUUUUUUUUUUCCUCUCCCACCGAGGACGGAUCAGUCUAAAUGAUGUAAGAGGUGGAUCUUUGCUUGCAGCACACCAUCCACAGGCAUUUUUCUGGACAAUUAGCCAAGCAGAGUUUUCACCCCGAACCAUAACAGUCUCUUCCCUCAAAUCUCUCUCGGUGAUACAGACUUCUAAGUUGUGAGGAAAAAAAAGAAUGGCUUGUAACGAUACGUGGACUGCCGUGCCGCCUUUCCAUAUCUGAUUGUUUCUCUGUUACCACCAUAUAAGAUAUGACAUUUUGCUCUCCCCCCCCCGUUUUUUUUUUGCCAUUUGAUGCCAUCCUGAUUUCAUCUAAUAGGAAUUGCACUUAAUUUCCUCUCUUCUGUUUUGUUGCAGUUGGUUUUUUGUAUUUGAUUCAAAUUUGCAGCCUUCCCCCUUUUUCGUUCUCACCCGCCCCCCUUACUCUAUGGGUUCAUCUAUUAGACCCUCCAUCUUAAAAUGCCUUCUGAACAAUGUCAGUCUUGUCAAGGCUCACAGCGGCUUCUUAUUGGCUCUGUCUCCAGGUCUGUGUUACUAAUAAAACACUUGUCAGUAUCGACCAGUUA